AUGGCUACCGCUCAUAACAAUGACGUCCCUGACCUUAGUGGUGCUGCGGCUGAUGCAGUUUUAACAGCUGCUGAAAUUGCAGCUUCAUACGUUCCAUUUGUUAAUAUGGUGAAAAUUUUAGUUGAUGAAAUUAAAAAAAUUUACGAAGAUGCAGAAUGUAAUAAAGAUAUUUGUUUAAUUAUGUCUCAUAGAGUAACAAUUGCAGAAUGUGCUAUGACUCAAAUGUUAGCUUUUAAUCAGAAUGAAAAUUAUUUUCAAAAAUGUUAUUUAUCUUUUAAAAGAUUUGAAAUUACUUUAAAAAAUAUUAAAGAAUUUACUACUAAAGUGUCAAAACUCGAAGGUUAUAGAAAAUUUUUUAGCGCAUCAGAAAUUAAAAAAAAAUUUGAUAAAUUAACUGAAGAAUAUGAUACAAGUAUGAAAGACCUAAAUUUUACUAUGGCAAUUGCAAGUGAAAGCCAAAGAAUGUUAGAGGCUGAAAGAGUCGAUAAUUCUUUAAAGAAUAUUAGAGAAACUCUUUCCGAACUUGAUUGUGAUGUAAAAGGUGUUAAUAACAAGCUCGAUACCAUAGUCCAAGGCUUGAACAUUUUAAGAAUCCGACAACCGGAUAAUAUUCAUACGCAAAGGGUCGACCCAAGUCAAUUAUAUGAUCCUCCUAUUAGUUCUAUUUGUCAAAAGUUUCGUGGUUCAGAAUCUUACCCUAUCAUUAGAAAAUUCUAUCAAAAUUAUGUAGAUGUUGCAUGUAAAUCUAUUAGAGAAGAAAUAAAUGAUGAAAAAAAUGAUGAAUUUAAAAUUCAAUUGGAAAUUCUUAGAAUAUUAAGUCAAUCACCAUACGUUCUCAAGUUCUAUGGUCUUUCAAAUGUUGAUUGUUACGAUGUUAUGGUCUUUGAUUGGGCUGAAUUUGGAACUUUAAAAGAGCUUUACAAUAAAUUUGAUAUUCCUUGGUCUAGAAAAAUACAAAUUGUUCGAGAUAUCUGCCGUGGUCUUGUGUCCUUACGAACUGCAAGUGUAUUUCACCACGAUAUGAGAUGUGAAAAUAUUUUUGUUUUACAAAACUUGGAUCCAAAAAUUGGAAAUUUUAAAUCUUCUCGGAGGUUAGAUGCGAAGACCAGGAAUCUUGUUCAUUUAGUUCCUGAUAUUAUUCGUUGGAUGGCACCUGAAUUGAUUAAGAAAUAUAAAGAUAAAAAAUAUAAUGAAAGAAAAUAUACAUUUAAUUGUGAAAUGUUUAGCUUUGGAAUGCUCAUUUGGGAACUUUGUUAUGAAAAAUUGCCUUAUGAAAAUUGGGAUAUUCCAAAAAUAUCAGAACACGUAUUAAACUGUGAAAGAGAAAAGCUUUUAACAGGAGAAUUUGAUGAUCCCAAUGAUAAGAAAAUUCAAGAAGAAUUUAUUAAAAUUAUUGAAAGCACAUGGAAGCAUAUGCCAUAUGAACGAAUAGGCGUUACGGAAUUGCAAAAAGUACUUGAACAAUUAGCUGCAACCUAUCCAAUUCCACCUGGUGCCCCAAUACUUUUAGAAGAUAAAACAUUAAACUUUGAUGGAAGCUUAAUACCUCCAGAAUCCGAGGGUGGAUCAUUAUUUAUUCCUCUUGAAAGGGGAAUCGAUCUUCAUAAAAAGAGAGAUCACAUAAAUGCUUGGAGAUGCUUUAGUGAAAAUGCAGAUCUUGGCGAUAACACUGCAAAAUAUUGGCAAGGUUACUAUUUGUGCCAUGGAUAUGGUGUUGUCGAUAAAGAUGAAAGGCGUGCUAUAGAACUUUUUAAAGAUGCUGCUGAUAACGAUCAUCCAGAUGCACAAUUUCGAUACGCUGUAUUAUUACUUAACAAUCUAAAAAACGAACAAAGUAUCACUAGAAAAAAUGAACUUUGUGGAGAAAUUCUACAUUAUUUCAAAUUAGCAGCUAAUAAUAAAAACUAUGAUGCAACGUAUCAUCUGGGUGAUAUUUAUUUAAAUGGAAAACUUAAUGUGGAAAAGAAUAAGGAACUUGGAAUAGAUUAUUUAAAAUUAGCUGCGGAAAAUGAUCAUAAGAAAGCAAUUAAACUAUUAAAAGGUGAAAAUUUAAACUAUUAA